ACUGUCGUGUCGUUACCGGUCGUUACGGUAGCCGGAACGUAUAUCGGACCGUGCGGGACCGCCCCGUUUAUAAUGAUUUAAAUGUGACGUUAGGAGAGGUGGUCGUUUUGAAUUAUUUCAUAGUGUACAUUGUGCAUUUCCAUUGAUUGUAAUACCUAACUUCUUAAAUAAGUGUUUUGUACAGUAAAUAUCAUCAUGGACGCACGUGCUGAUGCAUACAAUUACAAAUUUUACCAUGAACAAUUUAUGCAGAACCUUAAUGGAACAACAGCAACAGAAGUCCUGCUAGUGAUAUUUCCGGCUCCAAUCGGAAUAUUUUUGUCGACUUCUCUGUGUGCUGUUUUGAUGUAUUUGGUAAAUCAGAAGGUGUUCUCUCGGUGGAAGCUGGUUAGCUGGCUUCCAUUGCUUGUGGAUUAUAUAACUAUAGUCGUACCUGUUGUACUGUGUGUUACAAUAUGUAAUGACAGACAUACUGUUGUUUCACUGAUAUUUCUCUCGGGUCUUUUUAUUUUUGUUGUGUGCUGUGGUAUUUUAUGUAGACAGGUAUGUUUGAGAGAUAAUGUAACCCCACUUUUCGCAACAGUGGUAAUGCCAGAUAAAAGACCUUACUUGACAAAUUUUAGAGCAAUGAUGAAUUUGAUAACUGCCAUAUGUAUUCUUGCAGUGGAUUUUAAAGUGUUUCCCAGACGGUUCGCAAAGACAGAAACAUUUGGCUAUGGAUUGAUGGAUAGUGGUGUAGGACUGUUUGUUAUUUCUAAUGCAGUUGUUACGCCACAAGCCUUGGAUUAUAAGGUUAAGUCACAGACUUUCACAGAUGUCAUGUGGAAAGCCAUAAAAAAAAGUAUUCCAUUACUUAUGUUAGGAAGUGCAAGAUUUUUUGUAACACAACAAAUUGAUUACCAAAUGCAUGUUUCAGAAUAUGGUGUUCACUGGAAUUUUUAUAUAACUUUAGCCAUGACUAAAAUUUUAUGUACACUCAUCAUUCAGAUUGUUGGUUCUAAUUAUUCAGUAAUGAUUCCAAUUGUGGUCAUUGGAAUACAUGAACUAAUGCUUUCUUCUGGAGUCCAGGAUUGGGUUCUAAGUAAUGAAGCAAGACAAGACUAUUUGACUUCAAAUCGUGAAGGUAUUACAUCUUUGUUGGGGUAUGUUGCACUGUAUUUUGCAGGUAUUAGUCUAGGUCAACAGCUGAGAAAUUAUAAGUCCAUCAUUCAAACUUAUUUUUAUUUAAUAGGAAAACUUACCCUUAUUUGUGUAUUACUGUGGUUUACAACGUCACUGUGUGAAAACUGGUUUGGUGUUAGUCGUCGUUUGGCUAACAUUGGAUAUGUACUCUGGAUACUGGCUUUCAGUAUAACUAUGCUUGUGAUCUUAAUGUCAAUUGAACUGUUGAUUUUGACAAUGAACAUGGUUGUAAAAGCAAAUAUGAGAAACAAGCAGGAUGGACAUUUCCAUUUCGUCAUUAGUUAUGUUCCACUGACUUUGGAAGCUAUAAACUAUAAUGGACUUCUGUUUUUUCUCUUAGCCAACUUAUUGACUGGUCUGAUUAAUAUUUGUGUCCAGACUUUGACAGUUGGUGUGGCACAGAGUCUUUCCAUAAUUUGUGGGUAUAUUUUUGUGCUAUGUAGUGUCACAGUUCUGUUGUAUUCUAAGAAAAUAAAACUUAAGGUUUGGUGAACAUACAAGGUGUGGCAA